AAUACAAACACCUCAAGACACAACUCCAACCAACUCUGUCACUCACCUCAUAUUAUAAUUCUCACUCUCUCUCAAAUCUCAAUCUCAUUUCACACGCAUCUUCCUCUCUUUCUCACUCCAUCAACUUGCAUUCUUUUUUAAACAAACCUUUUCCUUCUCUCACACCAGACACUUCCACAGCUUUUUCAUUCACCACACUUAAACUAAACUUCAUUGUUCUCAUCUUUCCUUACACACGCACGCACCUUCCUUUUCAUUUUGAUUAUAUAAAGUUGCGUUUACAACACCAAAUUCAGAAACAUAGUGAACACAGAAAUGCAUAGUAGAGAGAAACCGUUGUUCCCGCAGAGAAGAAGAACACCUUCUUUUUCAUCCAUUCUUCUCGACACCAUUGAUCAUUCCAUCGACGAAGAUGAAAACCAGAAACCAUGUCCCUACAAAAAUGGCAUUGAAAAAAAGAGUAUGAAUCUUCGUCAAGCUGUGAUGAUUGAAGAUUGGAUGGAGAAGAAUUAUACUUCAACAAGCUCUUCAGAAUGUAGCUCUGCUGGAAUCUUUUCAUCCUCAGAAACAGAUUCAUCUUACAAUAAACAAAGAUCGAAAACUCAUAAGCAUAUGAACCUGAUUCAUCAUAUCAACUCAGAGAAACAACAACAACAACAACAACAGAACAAGAAGAAACAACAAGGUUGGGAAGAUGGUUUUACGAGAACGAAACUGAGAGCUUUGAAAAUCUACGGUGAGUUGAAUCAGAAAGUGAAACAACCCAUUUCACCCGGGAGUAAAAUAGCGACAUUUCUUAGCUCAAUUUUCAAUUCUCACAAUGUGAAGAAAGCGAAAAUGUGUUACGUUGGUGCUGUUGAAGAUGUUAGUUUUGAUCAUAAAUCUAAGUCGCCGUGUUUUUCUUCUUCGGUUUCUUCGUUUUCUAGAAGGUCUUGCAUGAGUAAAACGCCUUCGAAAUCGAACAAUGGUGUUAAAAGAACAGUUAGAUUCUACCCUGUUAGCGUAAUCCUAGGUGAAGAUUCUGAACAACAACAACAACAAAAACCUAGUACUGUUCGAAAGAGUACGAGGAAUUCUGUUAAGGAGGUGAAGAAAAUUAACAAUGUUGUUGUCGGGGAUAAAGAAAAAGGAGGUGAUAAAAGUGGAUUUGAUUUUAGAAGGUUUUGCGAUAAUGGUGAAGACGACUAUGAGGAUGAUGAUGAUGCUGGGAGCUAUUCGAGUUCGGAUUUGUUUGAGCUUGAUCAUCUUAUCGGAGAUGGAAGGUUUCGAGAAGAGCUUCCUGUUUAUGAAACUACCAAUUUAGAAACCAAUAAGGCCAUUGCUAAUGGUUUGUGUUUGUAGUUUUUGUUAGAAUAAAAUCAUUUGUAAUUAUUUCCAUUUAAUUUUGGGGAUUUAAUUCAUUGUUAACUUUUUCGAGGAGAUUUAUUUAUUUUAGCUCAUCGAUUUAAAUCGUGGUUACAGUCGCACUUGCGGAUGUGGGUGCUGGUUUUGCGAAUGGACAGUUGUUGCGUUGUGUAUUA